AUGGUUGGAAACAAAACAGAAUUGACCCAAAUGGUCAAAGAGAACGUCAUGAACCUUCUGUUAGAAAAGGAACAUGAACUUGAUGAGAUGAUUCAUGAUUACUCUGUGAUGGAGAAUAAAUUGGCAAAAGAGAGGGAUGAAGAAACGUUAGAAGACCUAAGAGCCGCUAGAUUGCGACAGUUACAGGAGCUUCAUAGCAAAAGACAGGAGUAUCUUAGAAAAGGACACGGUAACCUCACCGAAAUUCACUCGGAUAAAGGUUUUUUUGAGGCUUGCAGGGGAACAGAUUCGGUUGUGGUUCACUUUUAUAGACCUACAACUGCACGCUGCGGGUAUCUGGACAGUCACUUGAUCAAGGUUGCAGAAUCGCAUUUCGACACGAAAUUCAUAAAGGUAAACGUCGAAAAAACUCCCUUCAUUUGUGAAAGAUUUAAAAUUUGGUGUCUACCUACGCUUAUGAUUAUUAAAAAUGGAAAGACAGACCAUUCAAUCAUAGGAUUUGACGAAUUUGGAGGUGAUGGAUUUUCUACCGAAACUCUCAUAAAGGUUUUGGAAAAACAUGGAAUAAAAUCUCCAAAGUGA